AAAAAUGGGCCAGGGAAGAGACAGUAUCAUUAGUGCAAGUGUUAUUACAAUAUUACUAUUAUGUGUGUUUCAUCCUAGGAUGAUUCAUGCAGAAACCUUCACUGUCGGUGAUGGCCAAGGUUGGACUUUUGGUGUUCAAAAUUGGCCUGCAGGAAAAACUUUCAAGGCAGGUGACAUACUUGUAUUCAACUACCCUCCUUUGAUACACAACGUGGUGACAGUGAAUGAGUCUGGCUUUAAUUCAUGUGUGGCUCUUGGAGGAUCUGGAUUGCAUAUCUCUGGAGCAGAUAAAAUUACACUUGUUAAGGGAAUGAACUAUUUCAUAUGUGGUGUUCCUGGUCAUUGUGGUCAAGGGCAGAAAAUCGCAGUGAAUGCUCUUUAA